AUGAAAGAUAAACAUGACGAAAUUCGAUUGAAGAACGAACAAAGCAAGGAAGUGACACAUAGUUUCAACAUUGCUGAUGAAAUACUGACUCGAUGUUACUCAUCAUUAACACAGUACUUCUUUGAUACUCGGUUUUCUAUCAAUAGUUUCAUCUCAGCCAUCUCUAUUCGAUUUAUUGUCAUUAUUAAAAUAAAAAUGUAUCGCGGACGUGGUCGGGGUCGUGGACUUGGAGCAAGUCGUGGUCGUGGACUUGGAGCAAGUCGUGGUCGUGGACUUGGAGCAAGUCGUGGUCGUGGACUUGGAGCAAGUCGUGGUCGUGGACUUGGAGCAAGUCGUGGUCGUGGACUUGGAGCAAGUCGUGGUCGUGGACUUGGAGCAAGUCGUGGUCGUGGACUUGGAGCAAGUCGUGGUCGUGGACUUGGAGCAAGUCGUGGUCGUGGACUUGGAGCAAGUCGUGGUCGUGGACUUGGAGCAACAAGUCGUGGUCGUGGACUUGGAGCAAGUCGUGGUCGUGGACUUGGAGCAAGUCGUGGUCGUGGACUUGGAGCAAGUCGUGGUCGUGGACUUGGAGCAAGUCGUGGUCGUGGAACAAGUCGCGGCCGAGUUGCUGUGCGUGGUAGAAUGCGAGGAACUUUUCGGCAUUCGCGUCCUCGAUCAAUUGAUACUGAUCAACUAGUGGUUCCAAACAACACUGUAGUCGAUUUAGAUAUUAAUUUUGAUCCUAAACCGUUCUUUAUCAAUGCCAAUGUUACAAUUGAUCAACAUAUUCAAGCGCAAAGCACGAAUCUUUCUCGAUAUUUAGCUGCUUUGUUCACACUUCGUGAAAACAAUGUUGAAAUUGGACAAAAGGCGAAAGCGUGUGUUUUAGCUGCGGCAUGGUGUCGACACGAUCAUCAGUUAGCAAAAAAUCUUCUGCGACAUCAGAAGUUAUUCACUCUAACUGAAGUACUGAAGGCAGUAACCAUGUUAGAUGCAGGCCGACAAAGUCGUGCCCACGAAAAGCAAUUAAAACGACUCGAACUGAGCAAUACAAAACCUAAAGCGAGUAAAUUAGGUAAAAUUAAAAAUAACGUCGAUAAUUUGAAUAAACUUAAACCGGCAACUGGUUCAGCAAGUGGUGCGGUUGCUCGUCACAUUCGACGUUGGACUCGAACGUUAACUACGCAAGAAUUAGAGUACUUUGCAUUGCACAUGCCAACAGAACCAUGGAGAAAACUAGCAGAUAUUGUUCAUUUUAAUCCAACAAAAGACUUUCCGGCUUUACCAUGGUUCUUACCUUUCUGUUUUGGCACACCAGCACCUGCAGACACGAUGGUAGCACGUUGUCGAGAUCUCACUCCUGAUAAUAUCAAUAUCUUAUUGAAAGAGUUCAAGAUUCCUUAUUCACAUUUGAAACAAUUCAAGGAUCAACUUAAUGAUUCUUCGAAAGCUCGAAUUGCAUCCUAUGAAGAAACAUUAGAUACCAUAUUAUGGUAUUAUGAAGAUUUACAAUGUGAAGAAGUUGACAAAAUCGUUAGUGAACGUUUUCAACAUGGAGAACAAAUUCAUUUACCGUAUGGAAAACUUAUGGAGCGUCUAUUACUACUUCAAACAUUACGAGAUACCACUCGACUCACACAAUCUGCUAAAGCAAACAAAACAGCGCUCUAUUCAAAUCUUUUAUCGGUUGCUGAAGCUCAACUGCAAAACAUUAAAUUGCCAUUGGAAUCACCCGUUGUUGUUCUCGGUGAUGCAUCAAGUUCGAUGGAGGUGGCCAUUCGAACAGCAACUAUUCUGUCGUCAUUUUUAACCGCAGUUUGUUCUGCGAAAUUAAAUUUCUUCAAUACGAAAAUGUUUCUACCCGCAUUCACUCCAAAAACGAUCGAAGAUGUUCUAAAUUUAGCUCUCGAAACACGUGCGACCGGGGCCACAGCUAAUGCUGCCGGUCUCGUACCAUAUUUUGAUAGCAAAGAAAUUAUCAAAACCUUCAUUAUGGUUACAGACGAAGAAGAGAAUAGCAAUGCAGUGUUAGCGGAUGGCACAUUGACGCGAUUCUUCAAACUAUUUAUGAGAUAUCGCGAAGAAAUCUAUCCCGCUAAAUUAGUCUUUAUUUCAUUCCUUCGUCAUCAACAUGAUAAAGGAGAAAUGUACCAGAAGUUCGAAAUCGAAAAAGUACCCGACGUGAUUCAAUUCAAAUUCAACGGAACUCGUCCAGAUCUGACUAAAAUCGAUAAUCUUUUGGGUUUACUAUCGACUGGCUCAGCAGCAUCGUUUGAUGAACGGUUACAAGCAUUACAAAAUGAAUUUCAACAGAGCGAUGUAGCAACCGUGAUUAAUAAUUUACUUUGUAAACAAAACGACAGUGUAGAACCAAUGGAAAUGAACUGA